AUGAACCAAGAUGACUUUCGGCAGAUGGUAUCAAGCCGCGAGGGCAACAAUGCGGCUCAAACUAAAUAUGGGGGCAAGCGAAACUUAUCUGAAGCAGAUCUUGCUGAAGUGAAGAAGUUGUCAGCAAAGAUGAGGAAGAAAAAGCUCAAAAAAUCAAAAAUUGCCAUAUCAUCAAACGUCGCUGAUGCGAUUGACCAUCGACAGCCUCUAAGUCAAUAUCGAGACAGAGCUGCUGAGCGACGCAGAGGUAAAGCGGGUGAAGAGCAGAGCAAAGUAUCAACCGGAAAUAUGGAGCAUUCUUCUCUUGUUAAAGGGCUGGACUACGCGCUGCUUGGUCAAUUGAAGCGCGAAAAGCAAAGUCUAUUAGCUGAAAAGCGAAAACUCAUCAAUGAAAGUGAUACUGAGAAAUCAACCCCCCCAAAGAACCAAAACGAUACCAUUACAUUUAAAACGGGAUUGGGAAGACUUGUGUUUUUCCAUGCUUGUCAGAGUACUCUGGAUAAUACGAAAUCCGUGAAGUCGGAACUGUUUUUACCCGGUAGAAUGUAUUACACGUAUAAUCUCUCACCAACUGAGAUUGAGAGUGUCCCUACGACUCCAUUAUCGCCCGAGUGGCUGAAAUUACUGUUAACAGAUUGA